UAUAUGUUAAAUCUUGAUAACAUAGAUUUAGUGAACAGCACUUCGAGUCAAAUGAAGGUGUUUUGCUAUUCAUUCUUUAUUUGGACUUCUAUAUUUGCAAUAAUUAAUUAGAAAGUCCAUUUAAAGAAACACCCCAAGAAAGUUUAAGAUGAUAUCAAAAACAGAAUUGUAUCAAUCAUUCACGGUUCCCUAACAUUCUGGGCUGCCGCAUAUAUAGUGUUGGGUAAAAGAGAUAUUCAUUUGCAGUUGAAUAACCAGGUUUCGGUGCAGUUAAUUCUCAGACCAUGCAAUUUACAAUGAUAAUUAGUGCGUCAUACUUUGUCUACGAUUUCCUUGCCUGUCUCUACUAUGACCUUGCAGACAUGUCCCUAGUCUCUCAUCAUUCUUUAGCCAUUUGUGGAUAUGCUGUGGCUACCCUCUCAAAAUUCGGAGCUCCAUCUUCAAUUUGUAAGAGUUAAUUUAUAUGUCUUAGGGGGAUUGAUGUCAGCUGAAGUAUCUAACUUCCCUAUGCAUAUGAGAGUGAUCUUCAGACAAGUAGGAUUGAGACAUACUAAAUUAUAUGAAGCAUGUGAAUGGGCUUAUUUUGGUAAUGGAUCUAAUUAAAUUAUUAGCAUUGUAUAUCAUAUUCAGAGGAUCUUUGGUUCCUUAUAUGGUAUGGAAUACUUGGCCAGAGAGUGAUGUUCCUUUAUUGGUUAAGAUAACAGCCACUGGCCUAUUCUUAUAAUCAGUAUACUUCAUAUUUGAGUAAAGCAAUUAAUAUAUAUUCUUAUAGGAUGAAAAAGAUCCUUACUAGAUAGUAUUUCUAGUAUUAAGAAAGAAAGAAGAAAAAUAUUCAUCAUUUUUGGUUUAGUGUAAACCAAAGAGUUUAAGAAUUAUCAUAUAUUAACAACUAAAAAAAAGAUAAAGUAUUUUGA